CCCACGCACUCCCCUUCCCUGCGCCGUGCUGAGCUGGAAAAUGGCUGUGUCGGGGAGCAGGGAGUCAUGAACGGGAAAAGAAAGAAAGAGCGAGCGAGAGAAAGAAAGAAAGAAGGCGAAGCCAUACGUGAACAGACGGUUUGCUAGAAAUCUAUUGCACACCAAGAAGCUAUCGUCCGGAGAUAAGACACCACAGGGACUCUUGUCUGCUACUUUGAAGUGUUGAAAGCGCAGCAGCCAAAAGUGAGAAGAAGCGAGAAAUAUCCGCGGGUUGGUCAUAAUCCUUGUCCAGAACAUGUGGUAGCCUGAGAGAACCCGAAGAGGAUUAAAGACCUUCCCACAUUCUUUUGCCAAUCAGACAACUUGAUUUGACCGUGGAGAGCCAACGACGCAGGGCCCUCGACUUGCAAAAUCUUCUACCAGGCUGCUCCAAUAGCCACAGUCAGCAGGUUUUCGCUGCUUGAAAGAGCAUGUUGCCAACGCUCUCCCUCUGCUCCAUCAUCUGGCUCAACCGGGGUAUCAAGCUAAGGAAAGUGCACCAGUUCACCAACACCGGUCAGGUCUGAGACCGCUGCCUCUGCAGACAUCGCAGCCGCAGAACACUACCUUAUCGACUUUAGAAAAUGCUUCUGAGCUUUGGGUGACUCCCCCUCCUCCCCUCAUCCCCCCCGACCCCCUAAGCCACCGUACCAGCACCAACACCAGAGUUUAGUGACUCAACAGCCUUUUUGGUUACUGAGGAGGAUUUCUGUAUAGGCAAACCUCUGUUGUUGCAGUGGGAUUCGGGCUGCACCAUCUAAUCCUCUAUUCAGUGGCCAUUUUGAUUUUUGCCUCCCUAACAAAAUGGCGAUGGAAGGUUUUCAAUACCUUGCGCUCUACGCAUUUACCAAGGACCAGGAUGAGGACCUGGAGCUGCAGCCUGGGGACCUUCUGACAGUCAGCAAGGCCUCUCUGCUGUCGAUGGAGAACUACCAGGAGGGCUGCGUGGAGCAACCUGAGCGUCUGGGCUGGCUCCUCGGGUACAACGAGCGCACCAAACAGAGAGGCGACUUCCCAGGGACGUUUGUUGAGUAUGUGGGCCCUGUAAAGAUGGCGCUCUCAUCAAGUCAACCCAGAUCCCAGCGGCCUCUCCCUGCUGCUCCAAGACCUGAGUUGUCUCAAGCUGUUUCUGUGGCGGACCUGAGCGAGCAGUUCACACCGCCAGAGACGGCUCCUCCAGCCCUUGUCAGCCUGAUCCAAGCCAUAGAGAAGAGAGGUUUGGACUGCAAGAUACUGUACAGGCCAACUGUUUCUUCAGGUUCAGACAGCCCAGUGUACAGCCUGAGCUCUGAGAGUGAGAUGUGUCAGAAAGAUGUGGGGUACCUAUCGGAGUGUGUCCUAAACUACCUGAGAGACCUCCCGUCCCCCAUCAUCCCUGCAUGUAUCUACGCCCACCUUCAAACCGCUGUCACAUUGCAACAGCAAGUCCUACAGCAGUCAGCAGAUGGUGCAGCUGCUGGAAGCUAUGACAGAGAGGUAAGCCUGGUCCUGGAGAACUCCACCUCCGUCCCUCUCCAUCACCGUCUCACCCUGCAGUACCUCCUCACACAUCUGGCCAAAGUCACCCAGGCGCAGGCCAGCCAUGGUCUGGACACAUACACACUGGGAAAGAUCUUUGGACCAUUGUUGAUAUGGACAGGCCCCUCCACCCCUUGGUUGUCAGUGGAUGAGGAUUUCCCUGCCCUUGUGGUGGAGAGGCUGCUGAUAGAGAGAACUACAGAGCAGGACCUCACUCCUCCAGUCCUUCCAGCAAAGCCUGUCAAGUCAAAACUGGCACCAUCCGCCAUGACAGACACAAGCAGCCUGCUGAAUGAUGCUGAGUGGUACUGGGGAGAAAUCUCCAGGGAGGAGGUGAACGAAAAGCUGCGAGACACUCCAGAUGGCACCUUCCUGGUCCGAGAUGCCUCUAGUAAACUGGAGGGAGAGUACACUCUCACCCUCAGGAAAGGGGGGAACAACAAGCUAAUAAAAGUUUACCACCGAGACGGGAGGUAUGGCUUCUCUGAGCCUCUUACCUUCCUGUCUGUAGUGGAGCUCAUCAAUCACUACCGCCAUGAGUCCCUGGCCCAAUACAACGCCAAACUGGACACCAGGCUUCUGUACCCUGUCUCUAAAUACCAACAGUUAGUGAAGGAGAACAGUAUAGAAGAGGUGGGAGAGCAGCUGAAGGUCUAUCACGAGCAGUACCAGGAGAAGAGCCGCGAGUACGACUCUCUGUACGAGGAAUACACGCGCACCUCACAGGAGCUGCAGAUGAAACGCACAGCCAUUGAGGCCUUCAAUGAGACCAUCAAGAUCUUCGAGGAGCAGUGUGAGACUCAGGAACGCUACAGCAGGGAGUCUUUGGAGCGAUUCCAACGCGAGGGCAACGAAAAAGAGAUUCAAAAGAUCCAGAGCAACUCGGAGCGUUUGAAGUCUCGUGUGAAGGAGAUCCACGACAGCAAGCGCAAGUUAGAGACGGACCUGAGAAUGCAGGUUUCUGAUAACAGAGAGAUCGACAAGAAGAUGAACAGCCUCAAGCCGGAUCUCAUGCAGCUUCGCAAAAUCAGAGACCAGUACCUAAUAUGGCUGACACAGAAGGGGACAAGGCAGAAGAAGAUCAAUGAAUGGUUGGGCAUAAAGAAUGAUGCUGAUGAGUCCUACUCGCUGGAGGAGGAUGAGGGUUCACCCCACCAUGACGAGUGUACCUGGUAUGUGGGUGACAUCAAGCGCACCCAGGCUGAGGAAAUGCUGAGAGGCAAAUGUGACGGGACCUUCCUCAUCCGUGAGAGUCAAUCACAAAAGGGCUCCUAUGCCUGUUCUGUAGUUGUGGAGGGCGACACCAAGCACUGUGUCAUCUACAAGACGGCCACAGGUUAUGGAUUCGCUGAGCCCUACAAUCUGUACUCAUCCCUCAAGGACUUGGUGCUCCACUACAAAAACGUCUCGUUGGUCCAACACAAUGACCAGCUAAAUGUAAAUCUGGCAUACCCAGUCCUGGCCCGUUCUCAGAACCAGAACCAGCACUCAAGAUGAAUUAUCCACCAUCAGUGUACACGCCAACCAGGGUGGUGAAACAGAAUUUUCACUCAUAUGCAUUGAGAAAAAAUAAUCCUUUGAACAAUGCUUGUUCUUGUUUGAGUGGCGAAGAGAAAUAGAGUCAAAGUAGAUUCAAAUUCCUACAUUUUGGUGCUAAUCUCCCGCACCAAACCCAGUCUAGUAAAGAGCACUCCUUGCUUCCAGCAUGGUCUCAAAGUAAACACACUACUACCGGUAUUAAAGCACUGUACGGUUAGCCUGGCUAACGCAGUGGGGAGAGUGUUGCAUUAGCCAGCCCUGCCUGUACAGUGUCAGUUGUGGAAAAAAAACUGUGAGAAAUUCACAAGAAAAUAAAGCAAACAAAAUGUGUUUUUCAAGAUCAUGGAGAAGAGGAAUGAAACCAGAUGGAGGGAUGAUGGGAAGAUUUACAGGAGGCACUUUUGUUUUUUGCCUAUACACGUGAUAACUGUCCAUAGACAAAGGCCCGAUCUGUCAUCCCCAGACUGCCUGCAAACCCUCUGUAGACAAAAGCCUAAGCUGUCCUCCAAUGAAAGGACUGGCUUGGCUGAAACAGGCUGCUCGCUUCACACCUAAAGGCGGCUGAAAAACCGUGGACCACAGGGUGUAGUCACUGAAGCCGAGAGGAGUGUGGGAGGGAAAUAAAUAGCUGGGGUUCAUGUUUUUGUGGGUUUUGAAAAAAUUGAUUCAAUUUCAAGCUUGCUUACGUGCCAUAGUAAUAGCUUUGAAUGACCACAAGCCUGUGUCACUAGAGGGGGCUCGUCGAGGUUGAAAGAAGGAAGGAGAGAAUGAAUGGCUGUCGACAUAGACAAAGCUUUAAAAAAAAUACACACAUAUAGGUAUAUUUUUUAUGAAAUUAUCUUUAUUUCCAGCUGCUUUGGCUUGUUGCUGUCUCUCUCAGUGGGCCUCCUUCUGAACUGACGGGGUACAACAUACAGUAAAUACUGUACUGCAGGAUAAAAAUGCAUGGUACCUAUUUGGUAUAUUGUGAAUAUAGAAUUUUAAUCACAAUACACUAGAUGGAGAGGUACAUUGAUAAAUGCAUUUCCACGUGAUUCAGGUUUCCUUGUAAAUGGAAAUUGUGGGAAGCAAGCGUCUAUUUGUUUCAAACUUCUUCCUUCUUUUUUCAUCCUAUUUGAUACUGUAGCAUCUGUAGCCAUUGACUUAGGGCAUAACUGUUAGUGCUCCUCUUACGUGUCUUGUUUCUAUUUACUAAAGACACUUGCAGAGCAUCACUCUAUGUGAUUAUUGUAACUUCGGUACUGUAUUUGCCUUGUCUCUAGUUAGAUUAGACUGUUCUAGCGGUACAAUGUCUUUGCAGAUGUUUGUUUUUUAAUGCAGAUUUACUUGCGGUACUUUCUUUCUCCCUUUCAAACUUCACUGUUCAUUUAUUCCCAAGCUUGUCUCAGAGCUGUAGAACAUUUGAUGUACAAACAAAAGAAAGCAGUAAUAUAACUCAUGUACAGUAUAUUUCAGACACAUGCAGUCAGUGUAUGUGACUACACAGUUUCAUAACUGUGUUUCUUUAUGGUUUCAGAAUAUUUGCUAUGCUCUUAGAUUAUGUUUAAGGAAGCACAGUACCCAGCUAAUGUGAGCCAAAUGAAGGAUGUCUUUUCAUGUAGCAAGAAAGAGAAGAAAAAAAAGAACCAGGCCUUUUGCCAUUCAGCAUGGGCUCUGUGGUCUGAGAGAUUAUCUAGUACAGUAUGCAAGGAGUCCUUCAUUUGGAUUGUUGUUUUUCUUGUUUCACUUCGCACCAGUGGUUGAUAAUUCUACUUUUUGUACUGCAAAUACAGUAUGAUGUGUGGUAGUACUAUGCACAACAGAGUCAUAUAUGGAUACUACGUUUUUAGAUUUACACCCUCCCUCUGUUCUGUGCUGUGGCAGUGGAUUUCUCCCAUUUCCCUCACGUCCAUUUGGCUUGAAGUAGAGAUUAUACCAUCGUGUUUCUAUGUCACCUUCAAAGCACAGUUUGGUGUGUGUUCUGUCUGGUCGACUAAAAUUAAAAGAGGUGUCACGGGAUGCCGCUUUAAAUUUGAUUAACAUAGUUGAUUUCUUGAGAGAAUAAUUGCAUUAAAAAGAUCUCAAACAUUUCUAAUAUGUAGUAGACUCAGAUUGCCAAAAAGAGAAAAAAGUUUUGUAGAAAAGCAUAGAAGAGACAAACGUUGGCAACAGAAAGCUUUAGAAUAAAAAAAUGCACUGUUUUUAAAGGAUGCACAAUUAGCAUUUUGGAUUUGUUUUAAUUUUUGUUAGAGAGGGAUAGAAAUUGAAGUGAGACAUUCACCUACUCUUCUGGUCAUGAAAGUCACUUAUCUAUGUUUUAUCUUAAGACCUAAGCUUCCAUCAAACACAUUUGUUUUUACCGCAUAGUAUCAUUUUUGUUUAUGAAAUGUUGAUUCACAAUUUUCAGGUAGCGACAUUUUUCCAACAGACUAGUCGCAUUUUCAAAUGAUACCUAACUCGGCCUGAAAAGUUUGAAUCAAGACGUCAUUUUGAUUUCAGUCAGGAUGAAUCAGUAGGUAACGGCGGUUCUUCUGAUUAGAGGGCUAUAAACACAUGUGAGCGAGAAAGAUUAGAAGUGCCUUUAGUCAUUGUGAUGAGCUCGUAUUCUCCUCAUUGUCACAAGAUCGUGCCACCAAUACCAUUUGCUGUGCCCGGUCGUUCACACAUUGGCCAUUUAUCAAAGACAACAUGGUGUGUGUGUGUGUGAGUGUGUGUGUGAGUGUGUGCGUGCGAGUGAGUGAGUGUGUGUGUGUGUGUGUGUCAGUGUGUCAGCUUGAGAAAAUCUGAGCACAUUCUAGAUUUUAGUUGUGCCUCUUUGUUGUUACAUCUAUAGUUGUUGCUUUUUCCUUAUUUCUAUGGUGGGGGCUGUACAGUAGCUUGGUGCUCUCUCUCACUGUGCACCAAAGCUAGAUUUCUUUGGUGUGUUGUUUUUUUAUUUGUCUGGUAUAUUUUUGAGAAAUCUCAGAUAAGAUAGAAAUGUGAACCGUACAAAUCCGUGGCCCAGCCCAGUUGUUUGAAGCUCAUUUGAUAAGCUCUCAAGUUAAUGCAUGCAGCAUUUCUCAGUGUUUUAUAUUAAGAGUCAGUUCCUUUGCGAACAGGCAAUCUGGUUGAGUCACCCGCCACUGCUGACACAUCCAUUAUCCAGUUUGUUGGACCAACACUUUUGUGACUGCACUUUUUUUCUGUUCCACACACUCGUGUGUCAACACCCAACAACCAUAAACUCAGACAGUGGUGAAGCUCAGUUGUCAAUAGUGUUUUAGUUGAUAGUUUUAGGGCUUUCCAUACAGUAUAUCUGGAGUGAUUGACAGUUUUCUUUUUAAUAUCAGUGUACAGUAUAUGCUUUUAGUAUUUUUGCGGUCAACUGCUGUCAUGUACAGUAAUUCUGAUGCUUUUUGGCUGAUUGCAAUGUUUUCAUUAUAGAGUUAGUUUUACUAUAUGGACUGUAUAAACUGUAAUACUUUUCAAAUCAACUUUAAGGAGAGCUUCUGACUCAUAAUGCAAUUUGUGUCCACACAGGAAAAUUGUCCAACUUAACAAGACCAAUAACAUUGUUUUUCCUAAAGGAUCAGUUCACCCAUAUCCCACACAUAACUAUUAUAUGUAUCUAAACAUGCAGAUUUUGAAAUAUCAAUCUUUUUAAUUUUCUGAAGAAAAUUUAACUGAAGAAAGAGUCCCUAAGAAAACUGUUCACAGUGAAGUCUUGGCCAGAGUAACCAAAACAUUGUUUUCCGGAAAGACACAUUGGCUGUUGAUUAUUUCAUUGAAAGUGAACCUAAAGGCAUGGCUAGAUACGGCUAGGUGUACAUUAAGUUAAAACUUUGGUAAACCAACCAUUUACUAAACCGUGCUAAUGGGUUGCAGCUGGUCUUGUUUCAAAGAAGUUCAUGAACCAGCUGGUUCUUCUUCCAUGUAAGCAAUAUGAUCAGUGUUUCAGUUGCUUAAAGGAAGUAGAAAUGUAGAGCUGAGUAGCUUCCUGCGUCACUUGUUAAGAUGAACAUUUUUGCAGUAAACAUUUUGAUCUGCCAUAUACGCCAUGUUAAUCACAGAUGUUCAAUAGUUAGAAGCAAUGCAACUUUAGUAGCAAUGAAACCAGGUCAGGCAUGGAAACGGGCAGAAGAUGAAGACUUUAUUGCGUAUUGACUUCGAGUUAAGACUUUUAGCCCACUUUUGGUAGAAGUUGCUCUGAAACGCAAAGCUUUUGUCCUGCUCAUCUAGUAGAUAUGCAUUUGUGUCGGAGCUUCUUGAAAAACAUUUUCCUAUAUGACAAAUUAUCGUUCAAGAAAUACAAUAUUUUUUUCAUCGGCUUUGGUACACUGUAAAUGAUACUAAUUGAAAUGGCCUCACACACAAAGCACAUCUUUCACUGAAUACAAAGAAACAUAUAUUAAGGUUUGAAGAAUGAGAGACAUACUAGAGAAUAAAUAUUUUGAAAUAUAUACUUAGAUAUCUAUAUUUUUGAAUGAUGUAACUCUGAUUUGGAUAGUGCUUGAAACAAAUCAGAACAAGGCUUUGAUGUGAACGUGAUCUUCAGAAUGCUGCGGCUGCUUCGUAUUGAGCAGUUAUUAAAACGCAAGCAUUUGUACUAUCAGCUGCAUUGAGCUUCAUCGUGAUCAGCAACCUACUUUACAGUUAACAACAUACAUGUAAUCUAUUAAGCAUGAUUAUCAGGUACAGUCAGAGGAAGAAGCAAGCCCAUGUACAUGUGUACAUAUGUACAGAGCUGAGUCUAUAUGUUAAACGCAGUCUUGGCUGCUUUGCAUUUUAUUAAAUAUUAGAGAGGAUUUUUUUGUUUGUUUCUUGGAACCCAAGUUUUGUCAUUUUUGAUAUUUGGAAGAAUCUGGUUUUUGUGGGUAGACAGAGUGUUAAGGUUCCACGUCCAGUAGGAGGCUGCCGCAGAGCUCCACCGGCGAUUGGACGCUGAGGCAGGAACAAAGUGACCAUCUUACCACUUUAUCGUCCUUCGGGAGAUCUCUGUGGUCGCUCAAAGUCAGAGUAAAACCUGUUAACCUGACAGAGUAAAAAGGUACAUGAUCGACGGCUGGAGAUCACUCCUUUACGCAGAUCUUUGUACAUGGAAAGUGUUCAUUUAUGGUGCCUGAGUAUAUAUUUUUUGUAUUUGUUUUUUUUUAAAAGCUGAUAGAUUUGUCUGUCCAAGUGUUUUUUGGGGGUUUGUUCAUAUCUGUUAAUGAUAACCUUACAGAGCCUAUAAAGAAAAAAAUAAGCUAGCUUGAAUUUUUUUCCUCCGUACAGAUAAAAGAAAAAGAAAAUACAAAUGUUUACAAUAUGUAAUUAACCAAAUAGUAAAAAUGCGUUUGAGAAUCAAUCUGUCUGUCCCUUAAAGUGGCUGUGAUAGAUUGAUUUAUAUUUCUUUAUUUCCUCUGUCGUUUUAAACUUGAAAUUGUUUGUUGUUUCGGUUCGUUACUCUUUUUUUUCUGACUUAUGAAAACAGUGCUCCCUCAACUUCAAAAUAAUAACUGAACAAGAUUCAUGUUUUAUAUUACUCAUCAGGCUUUGUCAUUCUUCACCUGCUGACUACAGCUACUGCUGACCUUACACUGAGCCGUGUAUAUGCAAGACUGAAUCAUAACUUGAGACGCUGUUGCAUUUUUUGCUGUUUAUAAUAUGUACAGGACCGUAGAUUUCAGCAUGACCCUGCCGGGUGUUUCUCUGGUAAGGACUCAGUGAAAAGAAUUUAUAUGGGGUGAUCCCCACACUCGUUGUGAAUAGCAGUAAAAACACGCCACUUGGUGAUCUUGCUUGAGAACAGUUUUAGUACAUAAACAGUUGGCAAUUCAGGAAUUACUAUCAAAAGCUAUCAUAUACAGAUAUUGAUUUUGCACUACAAAAGAAAUAAUACUCAAAGGAAAAUGGUUAACUAAUUUCUAAGACCAAAAUGUACCCACUAUAGUCUCAGCAUAUGUGAUUUCCAUAUCAAAUAUGAUGUAUAACAACGACUCUUUUCAUUUCCCCUUGUUCUGCCUGUAUUCAGUCUUCUCACACCAUCACUGCUCGGUCUGCUUCAGUUUGACUUGAAAGCUUGCCAUUUGUUUGAUUAUUCUGAUGUGAAUGUUGUAGUGCUUUUCACUGGUGUACAGUAGUUCAUAUUCAAGACCCAACUCUGAACGUUGGAGACCAGAUUGGCAGUGAUCCAUCUGGCAAUGGCCUGGGCAACAAUACAGAGCAGCAACAAUUUAAAACAUACAUAUCCACAUUUUUACACUUAUAACAAAGCAACGUCUUUGCUGUCUGCUUUGCUUUACCAUGUUGCUCAACAAGUUGCCUAAUGUGUCACUGCCUGAGAAACAGCAGAUACAAGGUUCUUAAUGCGUGGUUAUCACUGAUGUGGUCUGUUCUUUCUUUCAAAAACAAUGAAUGGAAUUGAAUGGGGCAGUCAGAUAAAGCUACUCUACACCAAAGUGCAAUUGAACUCAGAGGGAGCACUGUUGUUUCAGCCAGUAGAGGCCUAUUGGUUGACGUGUGCCCAACCCCUAUGCACGAAAUGGUUAUUCUUCCCUUUUAUUGUGUUAUCCUCCCUCUGUUGGUCUGUCUUAAUUCAGAUGUGACAUUUCUUUCUUUCUCUCUUGUGUACAGCUUGCUUCAGAGUUGUGUUUGUCCUCAGACAGGUACUCUUACAUCUGUACGGUUCUUUCUUUAGGCUGAUGCAAUGAUUUUAAAAGACAAUAAAAGAUAUAUAAAAUGAC